AUGCAUUGUUAAAUUGGAGCAAUUUCUCUGUCUUCAAUCUCAAUGUCAUUAAGUAACUUGAUGAAAAAGAGAUCAUUUAAUUAUUUAAAUAUUCGUUUAUAUAGUUAAGGAUGUGAUCGCUCACUUUAUUUCAUUAUUUUUUAAUUAAAUGGGAAGUAAGAUAAAUUAAAUAUUGUAGAUUUAUGCGGAGAAGAAAGACAAGAGUCGAAAUCACUCAUGAAAUCUAAGUUGUGCCUCUCCAAAGUUAUAGGCAAGGCAUUUGUACAAAUACUUCAAGGAGAUAUUUUGUCAGAAUCAGCAUCGGCUAUUUGUAAUUUCAAAUUGUUGAAUUAUUAUUAGUAAAUCUUGCUCAUGAUCCCUAUUCUGCUCAAUUCAUUAAAAUCUAAGUAUCCUCCAUAAACACUCGACCUCAACGUAAACAUUUAUUUUAUUCAUUAGUAAUUGCUGGAAUACCAACGAUUACUCCUUUUCAUUAGAAUGGAAUCCCAUUUGUAAUUCACCUGAGAAUCCAGAACAACUUUGUAUCAAAUCCUUUAAUAAUUUAAGCAUUUGCAAGAUUAGGAAGAUCAAAUACAAGCAUUUGUUGAUGCCUUUGAAUUAGCGAGUUCUAAAAAUAUGGAAUGUAUUUCAUUCACAGAGCCUCCUAAGGACAUAGCACAGAAUCAGAAGAAAGAUAUCUACGCAAAAUUAAUAUUAUCUGCAUUCUAAUUUUUCGUUUUUAACUCUACUGAUCCCAAGGUUACUUUAUUGAAAAUAAUAAAUCCAGACUAAAAUACGACUAAUAUUUAUAUGAAAGAAUUACUAUAAAUUGCAGUCAUUAGCACAAAAUAAAGUUAUGAUGUCGAACAAAAUAACAAUACUAAGGAGGAGUAUUAUAAAAAAUAAAAUGAUUAACUACAUAUUCAACCAACAUUAAAAAAUAAAGAAUAAUAAGACAAUAUUGAAAAAAUCGAAAACACUGAACAAACCUGUGUCAAAGAAUAAAAACAACAGCAGGAGGAAUUACCGCAAUCACAAGAUUAAUAGGAUAAGCAAUAAGGUUUGGCAACAGAAAAUAAUACUUAGCAAAUUCAAUAAUAAGAUACAUAAGUUUAGAACGACAAAUUUGUUGUUGAACCCCCAUAAUAAGUUAAUAAUAUUGAAUUUGAUUACACGAAGUUCAUCAAUGAUUACUCAAAGCUUUUGGUUUCCGAAAUCUUACAAAAGUCGAUAGAAAAUAUACAAUCUUCAGUUGAUUGUUGA